AUGGUUUCCACCUCUGAGCUUGCCUGCAUCUACUCCGCCCACAUCCUGCACGAGGAUGACGAGGUGAUGGUCACCGAGGAUAAGAUCAAUGCCCUCAUUAAAGCAGCCCUCAUUGAACCUUUCUGGCCUAGCUUGUUUGCAAAGGCUCUGGCCAAUGUCAACAUUGGUAGCCUCAUCUGCAGUGUAUGGGCUGGUGGGCCCACUCCAGCAGCUGGAGCUGCACCUGCUAGUAGUCCUGCUCCAUUCACUGCUGCUGCCCCAGCUGAGGAGAAGAAAGUGGAAGCAAAGAAGGAAGAGUCUGAGGAGUCCGAAGAUGACAGGGGCUUUGGUCUUUUUGACUAA